AUGGAACGUCGUGAAGCCGUUCAAUCUCUCGGAAAGCGGUACUGUAUGGCAACCAAAAGUGUUCAACAUCUCACUGUCAGCUACAAGGUUCAAUUCCGGAAUUCCUGCUCCCACUCGGGCGAUUACGGAAUGGCUGAACACGAAGAAACGGGAAAGAGUAGCAAACGUUCCCGAAUUAGCUACCCAAGAAAUGAUGAUUAUAGAAAAAGUAAGUGUCACGAAAGCGUACAAUUUUUGGACACAUUGCUUUUCAGACUGAAACAUCAUCGGCGAUAAAUGAAUUAUUUUCGAAAUCAUCAACAAGUCGAACUAACGAAGUGAUCACCUUGGACGACAGCGAUGAAGAACAACCGACUGUAACCGAAAAAGAAAGUGGAAGUACUGAAUGGAUUGUGGUGGAUGGACAGAAGUUUUCAAAGGAAGCGUUUUCCCAGCUGCCUCUGCUCAUUAGGAAAGUGUGUUUAAAUUUUUUGUAUAUACCCACAAAGUAAUCUUCAGCAAUACGAGCACAGAAUGACUCUAGAAAGCGCACGUCUCUUGAAGAAGACAUCGAAGAAUACAACCAAAAAAAAUAGAAAAAGAGGAGCAAAUCUGAAUGUGGAGAAUCAGAAGAAGAAACAGAAGACAGUAUCGCAAUUGCAUUCCUUCUUUACGAAGUGUACAUGA